ACUGAACCAAUAAAGAAUCAUAAUCCGAACCAGGAGCCACAUAGGGAUUUGUCCUCUUCUCCUUCUACAGUUCAUAUACACUAUACACAGAAUCCCUAUGCAUCGGUGGACAUUGGAGGAAGAAAACGCCCUUCGCGCCGGAGUAGACAAGUACGGAACCGGGAAAUGGAUGAAAAUACUCACCGAUGAAGACCUCGCUCCUUGCCUCAUUGCCCGGACCAAUAUUGAUCUCAAGGACAAAUGGCGUAACCUAUGUGGUAAUGCUUCUAGAAGAGCUGUGUCUCUUCGGUGCUCAACAGAUAAGAAAAUAGGUUCUGGGUAUGAUGCUAAGAAUCUUAAAGCACUUCCAUUUCCAUCCACAAACAAUUCAGAUGGGCUUCAUGUUGUUGCAGAUCAUAGCUACACCAAGAAAAUUGAUAUUCAAGAAUUAGUUGAUGAAGAAAAUCAGAAUGUUGAGGUUGACAUUAAAGAAGCUAUUCAAUCAAUGAAGGAAUCAGGUUAUAAUACCUAUGAAGUAGUUGUUACACUUCAAAAUUUAGGAGUUCAACAUCCAUCAGUUGAAGCAGUUAAUGAAUCCAAAGGAGAAGCAAUAGAGUUUGGUUAUACUGGGGUUGUUAAGAAAAUCCAAAAACAAAGAAUCAGAAGAUAUUCAGAGAGAAUUGUCAAGAAGAAGCUGUCAAAGAAAGUAUACCGAAAGGAUGGAAAAGGAAGUUAUGCUACAAAUCCAUUAAACUUGGACUAAUGUUAUAAGUGAAAUAAACACUUUAUAAUUUAUGCAUAACAAACCCCUCUAACAGACAAAAAUAGCAAAUGCAUGUGUCACUACAAAUGUGGAUUUCUUGUUAAUCUCAUCACCUUGUUGGGAAUUAAGAUGCUGCAUGACUUGAGGUGGAUC